AGUGACUUACACCUCUACUCAGAUCUGUGCCUUAAAAGGAUCAACAGUGGAAAUAAGAUGCACCUACAGAUACCCAUCCAGAAUAAAUGGCCAUGUUACUACAGUUGAGGAAACAUUCUGGUUUACUCAGAUGAAUAGAUAUGUACCUGUGGAUCUGAGAACAGACUCAAGGUAUGCAGGUCGUUUGCAGUACAGUUGUUCUAACAACAUCUGCACUCUGAGAAUCACAGACCUGAGAGAGAGCGACUCAGCUGAGUACAAGUUCAGGUUCAUAACAAACCAACCAAAAGGAAGAUAUACUGGUUCACCUGGAGUCACUUUGUCUGUCAGAGGUUUGCAGGUGGAGUGGAGCAGCUCAAAAGCACAGGUUAAGUGUCACAGCAGCUGUCGUCUACUUGAUCAAACCUCCUACAUCUUGUACAAGAAUGGACAGACAAUUGACAAAGAAACAUCUUAUUCAGCUGACAUUUCUCCUGCAGACAGUUAUUCCUGUGCUGUGAAAGGACUGGAGGGUUUCCCCUCUCCUUCAGUGUGUGUCCGUGGUCAAACCUGCAACAGAGUGACUUACACUGACAGAAGCAUCUGUGCCUUCAAAGGCUCAUCAGUGGACAUUUCUUGUACUUACAACAGUUAUUCCACAGAUAUCAGAUCUAAAUUCUGGUUCAGUCCUGAACGUAGUCUUCAGUGGCAGAAUCCCUCACAGCCUGAGGACCUUAGUGAAGACUCCCAGUAUGCAGGUCGUGUUCAGGUCCUUGACACACAGAGAGGACGCUCCACUCUGAGAAUCACUGACCUGAGAGAGAGCGACUCAGCUGAGUAUCACUUCAAAUUCAACACAUGGAGCUUUGAAUGGAGGAGUAGUUUACCUGGUACAACUCUGACUGUCACAGAUCCAGAUCUCCAGGUUCAGGUGAUCAGAUCAACAGACUACACAUAUAAUCAGGCAGACCUGCUUUGUUACAGCAGCUGUCGUCUACCUGAUCAUUCUUCCUACAUCUGGUACAAGAAUGGACAGAAAAUUCAGACAGAAACAUCUUCUUCUUAUUCUGACUACUUUGAUUCUGCAGACAGUUAUUCCUGUGCUGUGAAAGGACUGGAGGGUUUCCCCUCUCUUUCAGUGUGUGUCUAUGGUCAAAUCUGCAACAGAGUGACUUACACCGACAGAAGCAUCUGUGCCGUCAAAGGCUCAUCAGUGAACAUUUCUUGUACUUACAACAGUUAUUACACAUAUAUCAGAUCUAAAUUCUGGUUCAGUCCUGAACGUAGUCUUCAGUGGCAGAAUCCCUCACAGCCUGAGGACCUUAGUAAAGACUCCCAGUAUGCAGGUCGUGUUCAGGUCCUUGAAACAGAGAGAGGACGCUCCACUCUGAGAAUCACUGACCUGAGAGAGAGCGACUCAGCUGAGUAUCACUUCAAAUUCACAGCAGGAAGCUUUGAAUGGAGGAGUAGUUUACCUGGUACAACUCUGACUGUCACAGGUACUGAUGAACACAAACUGUAACAGCACAUUUAAACUAUCUGAUGACACGUGAAUGUGCAGAAUAGUGAUCCUAUAAUUUUACAUGUGAUUAAUUGAUUACAUUAUUGUCAUAAUGUUAUUACAAUGAUAUUGUUUAUAUCUCUGUGUCUGUCUGAAUGUGAUUCAGUACCACAUAGUGAUGCCCUGUGGCGUCACUUUGUGGGUGUGGCCAAUCUCUGUGGCGUAUUUGUAACGCCUUAUUCUCAUUCUUGGAGAGGUUGCUGCUGGGCUCAGGAUGGACCGCUCUGCUAACUUGCCACCAUCUGUUUCCCUCCAUAGUUUCCACCUUUGCCUUGGUUUCUGGACAUGCUGUUAUUAUUUCUUGCACAUUACAACACCCUCACACACAUUUUCCAUGCAUCCAUCAUCCUGCCCUGACCUGACGGAAUCCACUGAUGUUCAUACCCCAUACUUGUUCACUUUUACUUUGGCACCAGCCUUAAUUUGGUUCAUUUUGGUUUAAAUAAACAUAUUUUCUUAAACUUC